UUUUACUGUUGCCAUGCCGACUCCACAUUGGUAGGUGGAAACAACAGCUGGAGCCUAGGGGUUGACGGAGUUCUCCUGCAUGACGGACGGAGAAUCCUUGCGUGGCGGCCUCUCCAGCCUUCUCCUCCUGUCUCACUGCUGGGCCCCAAACUUUGUUCGGCUGAAGGGACCGGCCACUUCCUGAGGCAGGCAUCGCUGCCGCCUCGCCUCUGUCCUCCUGGCGUCCCGCCGACUUCCACCAGGCUGCCUGGGGGAGCGAGGGAAAGGGCCCCGGGGCCUGCCUGGUCUCUCUUCCCCACUGGUCACAAGCUCCAGCUGUGCACAGAGGCGCCAGAGCCAGGCAGCGGCCGGCCCCGCCUUGUCCCGCCUGCGCAAGCGGUGGCCGCAGCGCUAGAGAAGGAAGAGCGCCAGAAGGAAAGUCGCUACAUUUCGCCCCAGGCCAGGCGCGAGAUGUCUCACGGGGUGCGGGUGGUCCGCACCGAUGUCAGCAGCGGGGGCGCCUCUACCUCCUCGCCGCCCCCUGCCUUUGCAUCGACCUCCUCCGGGCUGGUGGACAGAGGCUACGCGCGCUCCUGCUCAGCUAUGCUGAAGCUGGCCCAAAUGAUAUCACUACUGAUCGGAUUCCUCUGCAUAAAAUACGCAACAUGGACUUCUGAUUACAGUGCAUACACCUUUUUUGAAAUCAUCAGUAUGUUUGACUUCAUUAUGAUUCUCAUCUUCUACAUUGUCUAUGUCUUCAGAAUUUACCGGAAGCUGACCUGCAUCAACUGGCCACUUACGGAGUUUCUCCAUUACCUGAUAGGUACCAUCCUGCUUCUCAUUGCAUCUAUUGUGGUAGCAACAAAAAGCCACAACCUCUCAGGACUUGUAGCUGGAGCGGUCUUUGGCUUCAUAGCUUCAGUUCUGUGCUUCCUUAGUAUAUGGCUAUCUUACAAAGUCUCAUGUGUCACUCAGUCAACAGAUGCUUCUGUUUGAGUCUUCCACUACUGCAAGAUGUGUAUACCAAAGGUGAGAGAAGUAUUGUGCCGAGAGAAGAGAGCAAGUGUGUGCAAGAUGGAACGGCAUCCUGGUGAUCUUUAAGGAUAUGCUUCGGAAUGGCUCCCAAACCUUUUCACUUAAAGGACUGACAACCAGAAUCCCCCCUUCUAAAACUUCUUUCAUGUUCCUCUGUUCAAACUGUAAAUGUCCAAACUUUGUCCAGCUAGCAAUUUCUAUACUGCAUUGUCUUCUUGUUUGCAGCUUGUGGAUCAUCUGCCAAAUGCUUAGGUCUUGGUUUUUUUAAAAGCAAGAAUGUAUCCUUUCUGGCAUCUAAGGGCCAAUGCCAAAAACUGAAUUUCACACCAUUUGUUGUGAGCCAGCUCGAAACAGACGGCAUUCAAACCACCUGGGAAGAACUGAAUGAUGACCCACAUAAACUUUUUCAGAGUGGAAAAAAUGUUCAAUGUUUCCUCCCAUGGUUGGCAAAUGCUGUAAAUCUACUAUGAAAUAGCUCCUGUUACAUAUGAGGUUGUGCCUGACAGCUUAUUUUGUACCUCUGCCAUUCCUGACUUCUGAUGCUUGCAGUCAGAAAGGGCAUUCUAUCAAGUGAAUUUUGACCAACUUACUGUGAAUACUUCCUUGAAAAUGAACCAGAUUGUUUUGUAUUCUAGUGUUCCUCUUGUUUCACUUUAAGUAGUUUAUUCAUGGCCAAAUACUGUAAAAUCCCUUCAUUAUAACUCAAAAAUAUAACAUAUUUCUUAGUUCAUGGUGAAAUAGAGCUGCUGCUGUAUGCAUACCACCCCUCAUGACCAACUUUGAUAAUUUUCUGCCUGAAGUCUCCCUUUCUCAUCAGUGCCGGAAAGUAUUUGGGAUUCAUACUUGGACUUCUGUGAAGCGUACCUCCACUUAAAUGGAGCUAGUUGCCACCAGCUUGUCUGGUGGCUACUCGGGGACAGGCCUUCUCUACUGCUGCCCCAAAGCUUUGGAACACGCUCCCUGCUGAAAUAAGAGCCUCCCCAUCUCUGACAGCUUUUUAAACGUCUUUAAAGAAGCAUUUGUUCACCCAGGCUUUUAAGUAAAUAUUGUUUUGUUUUAACCUUGUUUUUAAAUUGUUGUAAUGUUUUAACUUUUCUGUUGUCAUUUUUUUUUUUACUUUUUCCAUUGUCAUUUAUUUUGCUUUGUUGUAAACUGAGACGUACAUUUUGGGUGGUAUAUGUUAAAUAAAAUUAAUUUUAAAAUA